GUCUUUAAGAUGUUUAUGAUUUAGAAUGUUUGUAGAACUCACAUCUUACAGACAUCUGUCAGAUGUUUGUACAUAGUAGAUGCUUUCCAGAUAGCACAUGCACGUCUGCAAGAUGUCUUUUAAAGAUCACUUGAUCUGGGAAGCAUCUGCUGUGUACAAAUGUCUGACAGACAUCUUGAAGACAUCUAAUAGAUGUCUAUUUGACAUCUUAUAGGAGACGUCCUAUAGACAUAUUGCAGAUGACCAAACACUCUAAAAAAUACAUCUUCCAGAUGUAAAUACAGACGUCAAAUAGACGUCUUUGUGAUAUAUGUGUGCUACCAAGGGUUUUACAUAUCAAGCGAUUUUUAACAGACAUCUUGCAGAUUUAUGUGUGCUAUCUGGGAAGAGUAUCACAAUUAUAAAAAGAGAACUGUAUUUAAUACAAUGAGAUAUACAUUUCUACUAAAACAAUGUCACAGACACGUGAGAGUGUUGAGAUUAAAUCAGUAAACCCUUGGGGUUUUUUUUUUAUGUGGGCGUGUUAUGAUGUGUUAUGAUGUUUCUUUCAAGUUGGGGAUUAUUCACAGCAUUUUGAUGUGUUGUGUAAAAUAUUUCAUUUCGAAAGUCAAUCAUUUUUACAUUGCCAGUGUGAACCAGCACAUGUUCAUGUUUUUGUGUCAGAUCUUGUGUUAUUGCGGUCAUUAAAUGCAUCUGAGCUGAAUGCGUGUGGUUUGAAGUGCCGAGAGGAUGUUCAGAUAAUGCACACAAUGUUAGACGGUGUGUGUGUGUGUGUGUUCUUGAGAGUGUGAGGGGGCCAGUUUCUUCUUAAAACCACAAAUACAUUUUCAGAGAACCUGUUAGACUCAAACCUGUUAGAUAUAUAUCUAACAUGACAGUUUCCAGAUCCAGAAUGAUGUUCUCUCAUCUGUGUGCUCUCAUGUUUAUCCUUUGCGGUGUGUUUGUUGAUGCAGAUGAAAUUAGGUCAGUAUCAGUGAUGGAGGGAGAUUCUGUCACUCUACACACUAACAUUAAAGUUCAGAGUAAAGAUAUGCUAUUGUGGAUAUUUGGACCUCAAGAAACUCGCAUUGCUGAAAUAUAUAACCAGAACAUCAUUAUGUAUGACAGUUAUAAGACAUUUGGAGACAGUCUGCAGAUGGACAAUCAAACUGGAUCUCUGACCAUUAGAAACAUCAGAGCUGAAAACUCUGGACUUUAUAAACUACUGAUCGUCAGCAAGAUCAUCAGAGGAAAUUCAUACAGGAGAUUCAGUGUCACUGUCUAUGCUCAUCUGCCUGUUCCUGUCAUCACUAGAGACUCAUUUCAUCUCAUUAUAGACUCAUCUUCAUCAGGACCAUCAAGUCAGAAUUGUUCAUUGCUGUGUUCAGUGGUGAAUGUGAGUGAUGUGACUCUCUCCUGGUACAAAGGAAACAGUUUAUUGUCCAGCAUCAGUGUGUCUGAUCUCAGCAUUAGUCUCUCUCUGGAAUAUCAGGAUAAAAACACCUACAGCUGUGUGAUCAACAAUCCCAUAAGCAACCAGACCAAACAUCUGGACAUCAGCAAACUCUGUCAUAUAUGUUCAGGCACGUCAGUGGCGCAGGCUCUGGGGGGUGCUCUGGAGGACGCUCUGGAGGACGUUCAGGCUCUGGAGGGUGCUCAGGAGGAAGCUCAGGCUCUGGAGGGCACUCUGGAGGGCUUGGGAAAGCUGGACGGGACCAGCGGAGAUGAAGGAGAAUGUAAUCCAAAUGGGUCCAUAGUGUCUUUAUGA